CUUCACCCCCCCCUUCCCAUUAGAUCAGGGUAUGAUGAGUCUUUAAAUGUUGUGUAACUAUUCUUUUUUUAUGUUACAGUGCCCAAGAUGAAAGGAAAAGCAAAGCUUGGACCAGCUGUUGAGAAAGUGCGUCUUCCAGUAGAGACAGACCCAGUGAAGUUAGCAAACUUUGUCUGCGGAUCAGACCCAGUAAAGGAAAAUCCACAAGACAUCCAGUUGAAAGAUGAUUCUGAAUACCCAGAUUGGCUGUGGACUCUGAGGACAGGUAAACCGCCCCCUCUGAGGGAAAUGGACCCCAACACAAAGCAGUACUGGAGGAGAUUACGAACAAUGGCCAUGAAAGAAAAGAAUCUGCUCAAGAAAACAGGAAAGCGAUAGAGGGAAUGCUGGAAUUAUUUGAAACGGCUGGAAUUUUUAGCAACUGUUGUUCUAGUGAAAAUUUGAAUGUGUACAUAUUUUUUUUGUUUUGAUUUUGUAUAAAGAAAUAAAUAGAUAAAAGAUGAAAAUUG